AUGGAUAUCGCCAGACCCAUAGGUUCUGAGAUCACUUCUGUUGACUUCUCCGUAUUGUCGGAUGAUGAGGUGAAGUCGCUUUCUGUCAAACAGAUUACAAAUCCUCAAGUUUUUGAUAACUUGGGCCAUCCUAUCGCCGGUGGGUUAUACGAUUUAUCUCUUGGGGCAUUCCUUAGAAACAUCUGUGCAACCUGUGGCUUGGACGAAAGAAACGGAUGUCCUGGUCAUCAAGGUCAUAUUCAAUUACCAAUUCCGGUAUAUAACCCGUUGUUUUUCACCCAAUUAUACAACUUUUUGAGAGCUUCGUGUGUCUACUGUCACAAAUUCAAAUUACACUCCUCUGAAAUACAUUUAUUCAAGUGCAAAUUGCAAUUGUUGCAACAUGGCUUACUUAAAGAAGCUGAUGAAUUGGAAUACUUGAGGGUUGAUGGUCAGCAAGACGUUGAAGAUGAAGACGAGGCCAUCGAAGACGAUGGAGAUAACAAGGAUUCUGAUGAAGUGAACCAAAAAUUGAUCAAGUUCAGGGAAGAUUUCAUCAAGAAAUCUAUUAUGGAAAAUGAAGGGUCACCUUUGACUAGUGCAAUUCUUGAGGAGCGUAAAAAAGUCAUCCAUUUGUUUUACUCAAGAUUGGCCGCCAGACCAAAAUGUCAAAAUUGUAAAAUGUUUUCCCCUGGUUAUAGAAAAGAUGGGUUUGUUAAGAUUUUUGAAAAACCAUUGACAGAAAAACAAAUCACCAAUAACCGUGUCAGAGGUAUGGAAAGACAAAAUAUGCUUCCAGGCUCUGUGAAAUCCCAUGGCGCUGCCAGUUCAGGCUCGAAAUAUAUCAUGUCUUCUGAAGUUAGAAGUCUUUUAAAUGCGGUUUUCCAUUCCGAACAAAGCUUGAUUCAAGUGCUUUUCAACUCAAGACCAAUGAAAUCUAAGAACGAAAUCAAUGCUAAUAUGUUUUUCAGAACUACUCUUGUGGUUCCACCUACUAGAUUCAGAUUGCCUUCCAAGUUGGGUGAUGAAGUCCAUGAAAAUUCCUUGAACGAGUUGUUGUCUAAGGUUCUUAGAAGCUGUCUUCUCAUCAAGACUAUCAACUCCGAUCUUUAUAAUGCUAACACUAAGAAUUCUGGCGUCACUGUCGAAGCUAAGAAAACUCUUUUCAACAGAUUAAUGAAUGCUUUUGUGGCUGUGCAAAACGACGUGAACUCUUUUAUUGACUCUACUAAGAAUCAAAAUAAUGGAGGAAAAUUGCCAGUUCCUGGUAUCAAGCAAGCUUUGGAAAAGAAAGAAGGGUUAUUCAGAAAACAUAUGAUGGGUAAGCGUGUGAAUUACGCUGCUAGAUCAGUUAUUUCACCAGAUCCAAUGUUGGAAACUAACCAAGUUGGUGUUCCACCAGUUUUUGCCAAAAAGCUUUCAUUUCCUGAACCGGUCACUGCUUACAAUAUCAAUGAAAUGCGUCAAGCUGUCAUUAAUGGUCCAGAUAAGUGGCCAGGUGCUUUGCAAGUUCAAAACGAAGAUGGUUCAUUGAUUUCCUUGAUUGGUAUGACUCUCGAUCAAAGAAAGGCCUUGGCUGAUCAAUUGCUUACUCCAAGCUCUAGUGGUGGUUCUAACACCGAUCCAAGAAACUUGAUCACUAACAAGAAGGUUUACAGACACUUGAAGAAUGAUGAUAUGGUGUUGAUGAACAGACAACCUACUUUACAUAAAGCUUCUAUUAUGGGUCAUAGAGUUAAGGUUUUGCCAGGUGAAAAGACUCUUAGAAUUCAUUAUGCUAACACUGGUGCUUAUAAUGCUGAUUUCGAUGGUGAUGAAAUGAAUAUGCACUUCCCACAAUCCAGAAUGGGUCAAGCGGAAGCCAGAAUCAUUGCCUCUACCGAUUCUCAAUAUUUGACUCCAACCGCAGGUGCCCCUGUUAGAGGGUUGAUUCAAGAUCACAUUUCUGCUGGGGUUUGGUUAACCAACAAAGAUACUUUCUUCACCAGAGAACAAAUGCAAGAAUAUAUUUAUGGUUGUUUGAGACCUGAGGAUGGUCACACUGUCAACAAAAAAAUUCUCACUUUGCCACCAACCGUUUGGAAACCAGUUCCUUUGUGGACCGGUAAACAAUUAAUUUCUACAAUCUUGACCAAUAUUCAACCAAAGAACAUGCCAGGUUUGAAUUUGACUAGUAAAAACAAGAUCAAGAACGAAUAUUGGGGUAAACACUCUCAAGAAAACACUGUGUUGUUCAAGAAUGGUGAACUUUUGUGUGGUAUCUUAGAUAAGUCCCAAUAUGGUGCUUCCAAGUAUGGUUUUGUCCAUGCUAUUCAUGAACUAUACGGUGCUGAAAAUGCUGGUAAAUUGUUGUCUAUUCUUGGUAGAUUAUUCACCAACUACAUUCAAGCCACUGCUUUCACUUGUGGUAUGGAAGAUAUUUAUUUGACUAAGGAAGGUAAUCAAUGGAGAAAAGAAAUCUUGAAGAAAUCCUUGAAGGCUGGUAAAGAGGCCGUGGUGGAAGUCACUCAAUUGGAUUCUAGUAAAGAUAUUCCAGAAGAUGACCCAGAAUUGUUGAGAAGAUUGGAAGAAAUUAUUAGAGAUGACAACAAGUUGGGUAUUUUGGAUUCUAUCACCAGAUCAAAGGUAGAAAAAGUUGCUACUGAAGUUGUUAACACCAUUCUCCCUGCGGGUACUGGUAAGAAAUUCCCACAUAACUCUAUGCAAAGUAUGGCGUUAUCUGGUGCUAAAGGUUCUCAAGUCAAUGUUUCCCAAAUUAUGUGUCUUUUGGGUCAACAAUCUUUGGAAGGUAGAAGAGUUCCACUCAUGGUUAGUGGUAAGAGUUUGCCAAGUUUCAAACCAUUUGAAACUGAUGCUAGGGCUGGUGGGUUCAUUAAGAACCGUUUCUAUUCUGGUAUUAGACCUCAAGAAUAUUAUUUCCAUUGUAUGGCUGGUAGAGAAGGUUUGAUUGAUACUGCCGUCAAGACUGCUAGAUCCGGUUAUUUGCAAAGAUGUCUUAUUAAACAAUUGGAAGGUAUUCAUGUUUCUUAUGAUAAUAGUGUUAGAGAUUCUGAUGGUACAAUGAUUCAAUUCUUGUAUGGUGGUGAUUCUGUGGAUACCACUAAGGAAUCAUACUUGAAGCAAUUUGACUUUUGUUUCGAAAACUCUAACAGCUUGCGUAGCAGAUAUGAUCCUGCUUCUAUUGUUGAUGCCUUGAACCUUGAGGAUGCCGCUAAAUACGUCAAGAAGAUGAAGAAACACUACAAGAAAUUGGGCAAGAAUGUUGAUGAGCUCAAGCAUUAUGAAGAUCCAAUCAAAUAUGACCCAGUCAUCACCAAAUUCAAUCCUUCGAAAUAUGUUGGGUCUGUUAGUUCUACUUUCCAAACUGAUUUGAAAAAAUUCAUCAAAUCCAGAUCUGAUCUCUUUGACAAGAAGAAGGGCAAAAAGAGUGACCAGGCAAUCAGUGAUAGUGCUUUUGAAGCGCUUAUGCAUUUGAAAUACAUGAGAUCUUUGGUUAAUCCCGGUGAAGCUGUUGGUAUUAUCGCUGCCCAAUCUAUUGGUGAACCAUCUACUCAAAUGACCUUGAACACUUUCCAUUUUGCUGGUCACGGUGCUGCUAAUGUGACCUUGGGUAUUCCACGUCUUAGAGAAAUUGUCAUGACUGCUUCUGCUUCCAUCAAGACUCCUCAAAUGUACUUGCCUGUGUUGAAUGACAUCACAGAUGAACAGGCUAACGUUUUCUGCAAAUCUGUUGCUAAGAUUAAGUUUUCUGAAUUGGUUGACCAUGUGGAAGUUGUGGAAACUACUAGCAGUGGUGCUAGCGUCGGUGAUGGUGGUUCUGCCAGAACCUAUAAUAUUACCAUCAACUUCUUUAACAGGGAAGAAUACGAUGAAGAAUAUAAUGUUUCUCAAAACGAGUUGGCAAUUUGUACUAGUACCCAGUUCUUACAAGCUUUGGAGACUGCCAUCAAGAAGGAAUUGUCCAACCAAAAGAAGAAUGGUAGUUUGAUUUCUAUCAAUGUUGGCCAAGCUGUUUCUAAGGAUAAACAGGAACCUGUUGCUGUUGCCGAAGCUGUCGGUGAUGAUGAUGGUGAUGACGAAAAGGCCAACUCUAAGACCAAGCAAUCAGUUUCUUAUGAUGAUCCAGAUGAUGAAGAAGUGGAAAUUAUGAGAGAAGGAGAAAAGUCAGAUGAAGAAGAUUAUGAUGAGGAUCAGAUCAUGAAGGAUGGUGACUCUUCUGAAAGUGAAGAUGAAGCCGACGUUACUGUGACUCAUGACAGAUUUGGUUCCAUGACCCAAGAUGCUAAAGAUCGUCAAAAUCAAGUUAUUUCAGCAUUUAACUACAUUUCCAAGUUCAACUUUGAUGAUAAGGAUGGUAAAUGGUGUAGUUUUACUUUAAAGUUGCCUUCUGAUACCCAAAAGAUUUUGAUGGUGGAUAUGGUUGAGGAGACGUGUCGUAAAGUUGUGAUCCGUGAAAUCAAAAACAUUGGCCGUUGUAUCUUCCCACCAGCCAAGAAUGGUGUCCGCUCUUUGACCACUGAAGGUGUCAACUUCAAGGCAAUGUUCGAUGAAGAUGAAGUCAUUGAUGUUAAUGGGAUCACUUCCAACGAUGUUGCUGCUGUCUUGCAAACUUAUGGUGUGGAAGCCGCUAGAAACACGAUUGUCGCUGAAAUUUACAGAGUUUUCGCUACUUAUGGUAUAUCUGUUAGUUCCAGACAUUUGGAUUUGAUUGCCGAUUACAUGACCAGAGAUGGUACUUACUUGGCGUUCAACAGACAAGGUAUUGACUCUUCCACUUCUUCAUUCAAGAAGAUGAGUUACGAAACCACUUGUCAAUUCUUGACCAAGGCCGUUUUGAAUAACGAAAGAGAAAACUUGGACUCUCCAUCUGCUAAAUUGGUCAUUGGUAACUUGGCCAAGGUUGGUACUGGUAGUUUUGAUGUUUUGGCAAAGAUGCCAAUAAAAUUCGACGCCUGA